GAGAUUCUAGCCAAUCGUCUGAUCGGAAAAGUUCAAUAGCUGCUGCGGAAGAUAAAAUUAUGCUAUUGAAAGUUAGCAAAUCAGCUAGCUAGCCAGGAUGAUAACGUAGCUAUCUAUAAUAUUUCAACACAUUGAGGAAGCAAAUUAAUUUAUCGUCAUGGGCACUCUUCAGAAAGCAGGACGAGGCAGCACAACAUGUGUUUUCAUUGCGUUAUUUGUAGCAACAUGUCUUGAAACAAUUCGUGCUUUCGGCCAUAGCCAAGAUAGCGAAUUCACGUUUCUCUUACCAGCCGGAAGAACCGAAUGCUUUUUCCAAACGACUGCGAAGAACGUUACCAUGGAAGUAGAGUAUCAGGUAAACUAACAGCUAACUAGUUGGUUAGCUAUCUAGUUUGUGCAGUGGCGAGCAACAUAAGUUCGCAACACAGAAGUAGCUAGUAGCAGGCUUGUAACGUUAGCUAAUGUAAACACGAUACAGUCCCAGAAAGGCUAGCUGUUACAAUGAUGCUAUUCUCAGUUCGCCUCCCGAGGUGGCUAACUACAGUAGCAAGCUAGUCGCCACCGAUAACGUUAUCUAUCUAUCUAGCUCGCUAGUUAACGAGAUAGCUUGCUGCUGUAGCAAUCUUGUUGUGCACUUAAUCAUUUAUGCUGUGUAGGACACUUGACCCAGGCCACGCACGAGAUAGGCUAACUGAAGUCUUACAAGCAAGGAUGCUGUUUUGCAGUGGUUUCCCCACUAUCCCUGGCUAUAGCCUAACUUUUAGUAUGAUGCAAGUGAACCAUAUAGCUAUAACCUCCCAGAGGAGAAAGAGAAGGGUACAUUUGCUCGUUAGCUACUGUUUUAUGAAUGUCUCCAUCUCUCUCCUUCCACGUUGCAGAGAUUCAGCCAGUGUAAGUGUUAAACAUACACUACCAGUCAAAAGUUUGGACACCUACUCAUUCAAGGGUUUUUCUUUAUUUUUACAUUGUAGAAUAUUAGUGAAGACAUCCAAACUAUGAAAUAACACAUAUCAAAAUACAAAAUCUAUUUUAUAUUUGAGAUUCUUCAAAUAGCAACCAUUUGCCUUGACAGCUUUGCACAAUCUUGGCAGUCUCUCAACCAGCUUCACCUGGAAUGUUUUUCCAACAAUCUUGAAGGAGUUCCCACAUAUGCUGAGCACUUGUUGGCUGCUUUUCCUCAUCCCAAACCAUCUCAAUUGGGUUGAGGUCGGGGGAUUGUGGAGGCCAGGUCAUCUGAUGCAGCACUCCAUCACUCUCCUUCUUGGUAAAAUAGCCCUUACACAGCCUGGAGGUGUGUUUUGGAUCAUUGUCCUGUUGAAAAAACAAUGAUAGUCCCACUAAGCGCAAACCUGAUGGGAUGGCGUAUCGCUGCAGAAUGCUGUGGUAGCCAUGCUGGUUAAGUGUGCUUUGAAUUUUAAAUAAAAUCACUGACAGUGUCACCAGCAAAGUACUCACACACCAUCACACCUCCUCCUCCAUGCUUUACGGUGGGAAAUACACAUGCAGAGAUCAUCCGUUCACCCACACUGCGUCUCACAAAGACACGGCUCCUGACCAAAGGACACAUUUCCACCAGUCUAAUGUCCAUUGCUCGUGUUUCUUGGCCCAAGCUAGUGUCUUCUUCUUAUUGGUGUCCUUGAGUAGUGGUGUCCUUUAGUAGUGGUUUCUUUGCAACAAUUCGACCAUAAAGGCCUGAUUCACACAGUCUCCUCUGAACAGUUGAUGUUGAUGUGUCCGUUACUUGAACUCUCUGAAGCAUUUAUUUGGGCUGCAAUUUCUGAGGCUGGUAACUCUAAUGAACUUAUCCUCUGCAGCAGAGGUAACUCUGGGUCUUCCAUUCCUGUGGCGGUCCUCAUGAGAGCCAGUUUCAUCAUAGCGCUUGAUGGUUUUUGCGACUGCACUUGAAGAAGAACCUUUCAAAGUUCUUGAAAUGUUCUGUAUUGACUGACCUUCAUGUCUUAAAGUAAUGAUGGACUGUCGUUUCUCUUUGCUUAUUUGAGCUGUUCUUGCCAUAAUAUGGACUUGGUCUUUUACCAACUAGGGCUAUCUUCUGUAUACCCCCCUACCAUGUCACAACACAACUGAUUGGCUCAAACGCAUUAAGAAGGAAAUCAAUUCCACAAAUUAAGUUUUAAGAAGGCACACCUGUUAAUUGAAAUGCAUUCCAGGUGACUACCUCAUGAAGCUGGUUGAGAGAAUGCCAAGAGUGUGCAAAGCUGUCAUCAAGGCAAAGGGUGGCUACUUUAAAUAAUCUAAAAUAUACAAUUUAUUUUGAUUUGUUUAACACUUUUUUUUUGGUUACUACAUGAUUCCAUAUGUGUUAUUUCAUAGUGUUGAUGUCUUCACUAUUAUUCUACAAUGUAGAAAAACCCUUGAAUGUGUAGGUGUGUCCAAACUUAAGACUGGUACUGUACAUCCUACCCUGUAAUGUAUAUACAUCAUAUUCUACCACUUCACCUACAUCUAGACACAAACUGCUCUAACAACUCUAUCAAUUAGGUCAUAUCCAUCAAUAUGUUUCUUAGCCUGUCUGUCCCAGGCCAUCCACAGAGGGUAGUAUAGCUUGAUCCCAGAUCUGUUUGUGCGUUUGCCUACUCUAUUGUCAUGGUCAAGCAUGACAAUUCCACAAGGAGUUGACAAGAGAGCAGAAACAGAUCUGGAGUAGAGAGUAUUGGGACGCAGGCAGCUCUAGCCUCUGUUUGUUCAGUGGGAGAGUCCCUCAAAUGGAGUUUACAGGCAGCUUGGCACCUAUUCAUCUCAAGCAGUUGUCUGUGUGUGUGACGUGUAACCUCUCUCUGGCAGGUGUGUGUUCAGCACUAGUGAAGGGCUGAACGUUAUGACAUACAACCUUGGCCUGUAACGUCAGACUGUUCAUAUAGAAAUACACGCGUGUGUAAUGGGUUUUAUGUGCCAGUAAGAUUCUAUUCAGAUAUAUCUAGAAGAACAGGCAUGUUUCUGUUUUGUUUUCCUUGAGUAAUGGCGUGUGUGAGAGUGAGCAGUUUCAGUUGCGAUACAGGAGACAUAGAAACAGUUGACAGAGAACCUAGUUCCUCCAUUAUGGUGCAGAGAGUAGGCCUACAUGACAGGGGAUCGGCCCGCAUCCCAAAUGGCACCUUAUUCCCCACGUAGUGCACUACUUGUGACCAGAGCCCCAAUGGCUUCUCAGGAGAAUGUAGUUACAGAACAUUCAGAUAGAAAUGAUUGUCUGUCAGAGAGAAUAAGGGGGAUCCUGUCAGCUCUAUUCAUUCUAUUUCUACCGGCAACAUUCAGAAGGGUCCACGUCACUGAGUACACAUCCUGUUUCACUCGGGUAACAUUAUCACACAUCAUGUUUCAUAACCUAGCUUUCUGACGUGCAGUGUGAUUCUUAUCUAUGGCUGUUGUAAAAGUACCUUUCUGGUGUGUGUGUGUUCCACUCUCCAGGUGAUAGCAGGUGCAGGUAUGGAUGUAGACUUCACCGUUCUCUCUCCUCACGGGUUCCAGCUCAUCUCUGAGUUCCGCCGCUCAGACGGAGUCCACAUGUCAGUACCGCUGCCACUCAUUGGUCCAAUCUACUCACACGAUAUCUCUUCUAGUUCUGCGAUUGGUCUAUUUCUCUAGUUCCGUGAUGUCACAGUUCAACCUCAGAUCAACCUGUCUUUUGACCUCGCUCUCUCCCCUUCCCUCUGUUUUUGGUUUGCUUUAUACCCACAUCUCUGAUUGGUUGCUUCGUCUGUAUCAACGCCUCUGAUUGGUUGUUUUGUCUGUAUCAACGCCUCUGAUUGGUUGUUUUGUGUAUCAACGCCUCUGAUUGGUUGUUUUGUUCAAGGGUGGAACCUACGGAGGAAGGAGACUACCAGAUCUGUUUUGACAACAGCUUCAGCCGCUUCUCUGAGAAGAUGGUCUUCUUUGAGGUUUAUUUGUAUUAAUAUAUCCUUAUUAAUUGGUUGAUUGAUUUACUGUAAGUCGCUCUGGAUAAGAGCAUCUGCUAAUUGAAUAAAAUGUAAAUUGUGUGUGUGUGUGUAAAUGCAGGUCAUCAUUGAGGGACAGCCGGGCGACGUGGGCGGCGGCGACGACGAGUGGGCGGGGCUUGGUGAGCCUGAGAGCCUAUUGGAGUACAAGCUGGAGGACAUUAGGGUGAGUAGGCUGUUGAAUGGAUCACCAUGUCUUCAACACAUUCACUGUAACUAAAGAGAAAAAAACUGUAAAAAUAAAUUCUGGAUAUACACAGUACCUUUCCUCUUUUCUAAUUCCCCUCUCUCUCUCUUCCUCUCUUCACCAUCACCCUCUCCUUUCCCCCCUCCUCUCUCCCCCCUCCUCUCUCCCCUCUCUCUCACCCAUCCUCCUCUCUCUCCCCUCUCUCCCCCCUCCUCUCUCCCCCCCCUCCUCUCUCCCCAUCCUCCUCUCUCCCCUCCCUCCUCUCUCCCCACACUCCUCUCCCCCACACUCCUCUCUCCCCUCCCCUCCAGGAGUCAAUAGACUCAGUACACCGUCGGUUAGAGAGAAGUCGUCAGAUGCAGACGGUACUGAGAGCGUUCGAGGCCAGGGACCGUAACCUGCUAGAAGACAACCUGUGGAGAGUUUCCUUCUGGUCCUGUACCAGUCUCAUUGUAAUGCUGGGGGUCGCACUCACUCAGGUAACACACCCACACACUAGGACAACUUGUGGAGGGUCUCCUUCUGGUCCUGUACCAGUCUCCUAGUUACAGACCUGCCAACAUAGAUGACAUUUCAGGUCAAAGUACGCUGGUACGAAAAACUAGUUGGCACAUUGAGGUUUUUGACUCAACUGCUUUGAAAUUGAAGCUGAGCCAAUCAGAGGACUUGGGUGAGGUAAAAAUCUCUAGCUUGAUCUCCAGAACUGUAGUAGGCGCGAGUUCGACUAGCAAGGAAACACGUUCAGCGGUGCGGUGGUUCAGCGUGGGUGGUUCAGCGGUGCAGUGGUUCAGCGGUGGGGUGGUUCAGCGGUGCGGUGGUUCAGCGGUGGGGUGGUUCAGCGGUGGGUGGUUCAGCGGUGCGGUGGUUCAGAGGUGGGGUGGUUCAGCGGUGGGGUGGUUCAGCGGUGGGGUGGUUCAGUGGUGGUUCAGCGGUGGGGUGGUUCAGCGGUGCGGUGGUUCAGCGGUGGGGUGGGCGGUGGGGUGGUUCAGAGGUGGGGUGGUUCAGCGGUGGGUGGUUCAGCGGUGGUGGUGGUUCAGCGGUGGGGUGGUUCAGCGGUGGGGUGGUUCAGCGGUGGGGUGGUUCAGCGGUGGGGUGGUUCAGCGGUGGGUGUUCAGCGGUGGGGUGGUGUGUUCAGAGUGGGUGGUUCAAGAGUGCGGUGGUUCGGGUGGGUGGUUCAGGUGGGGUAGUUCAGCGGUGGGGUGGUUCAGCGGUGGGGUGGUUCAGCGGUGGGGUGGUUCAGCGGUGGGGUGUUCAGAGGUGGGGUGGUCAGAGGUGGGGUUUAGGUGGCGUUUCAUAUGUAUGUCAACAGUAUGAUGUCAUAAUAGUCAGUUCAAUGACAACAAGGCAUGUAGAAUGAAUGGCAGCCUAGUAGUCAGACCUGACCUGAUGGAUGAGGUCAGGGAUGGAGAUCUGAAACCAGCUCCUAUAGGUCUAGUUCAGUUGUUUCAUAUUCCAGAUAGCCUACAGUAAGAUAGACCACUACAUUGCAUCCAGUAAUUAUUCUGAAUUUUGUUCCCAAACAAAAUGAAAAAGACAGUUAACAUUUUCACUAAAUGUGAAAGUGUCAUUGAGACCACCUCAAAUGUUUAUUUAGGAUCAAACACCAGACUUCUGUGUUGGCUACAUUGUUUGAUAUAAUUUUAGACUUUAGGUUUCAGGAAAUGGUAGUUACAGCUUUUUCAAAACUGGAAAUGCUCCAACUUCCUGAGGGGGUUACUGACCCAGAACUUCCCCUACCCAACCUUAAGCCUGCAUCAGCACCGCCUUAUCAGAAUCCUAGGGAGAGCCCUGAUUUGCAAUUAAACAUACAGUUGAAGUCGGAAGUUUACAUACACCUUAGCCAAAUACAUUUAAACUCAGUUUUCAGGUCUGUAGUUAUGAUGGGGGUUGCACUCACAGGUUAUACACUAGGACAACCUGUAGACACACUAGUUAUACACACUAGUUAUACACAUUAGUUAUACACACUGGUUAUACACACUAGUUAUACACACUGGUUAUACACACUGGUUAUACACACUGGUAAUACACACUGGUAAUACACACUAGUUAUACACACUAGUUAUACACACUAGUUAUACACACUGGUUAUACACACUAGUUAUACACACUGGUUAUACACACUGGUUAUACACACUGGUUAUACACACUGGUUAUACACACUGGUUAUACACACUGGUAAUACACACUGGUUAUACACACUGGUUAUACACACUGGUUAUACACACUGGUUAUACACACUGGUUAUACACACUGGUUAUACACACUGGUUAUACACACUAGUUAUACACACUGGUUAUACACACUAGUUAUACACACUAGUUAUACACACUAGUUAUACACACUGGUUAUACACACUGGUUAUACACACUGGUUAUACACACUGGUUAUACACACUGGUUAUACACACUGGUUAUACACACUGGUUAUACACACUGGUAAUACACACUGGUUAUACACACUGGUUAUACACACUGGUUAUACACACUGGUUAUACACACUGGUUAUACACACUGGUUAUACACACUGGUUUACACACACUAGUUAUACUAGUGUAGUCACACUCACUCAGGUAACAUUAUCACCCAGUGUCUAACUGUCAGUCCCUCCUCUCUCAGGUCUAUACCGUCCGCAGACUGUUUGACGAUAAGAGGCGUGUUUAUACAUAAAGACACGUCCACUCCGCCUCCUCACAGCCAAUCAGGGAGCAGGGUUAUGGGAGGAAGAGAGGAAUGAAGCAGAGGAGGAUACAGAAGAAGUAUUCUGCGUCACAAAUUGCACCCUAUUCCCUACCUAGAGCUCAUCUCUGGUCAAAAGUAGUGCACCAUCUAGGGAAUAGGGUGCCGUUUUGGAUUCUGCGGUACAACUUUGCCAUUUGGGCUCAACCCAGUGUUCAUUAGACACAGAACUAGACAACAUUUAGAACGUUUAGAGGUUCUGCCUCCAAUUUGUCCAAUAAGAAUGUUCACUUUGUGUUCCGGAAAACAUUUUCCCACCCUGUUUGUGCGUAUUGAACGCAGCUCUGGGACCGUAUCCACAAAGUGCUGAUCUAGGAUCAGGUCCCCACCCGUCCAUUACAUUUACAUCAUUUAGCAGACGCUCUUAUCCAGAGCCACUUACAAAUUGGUGCAUUCAACUUAUGAUAGCCAGUGGGACAACCACUUUUUUACUUCUUUUUUUUCCUUUUUAUGGUGGGUGGGGGAAGAAGUAAUCUAGUUCAAUCUAGUCCAUGUAAUCUUAUUCAUUAUGAUCUAAAAGGCCAAACUGAUCCUAGACCAUCCCUCCUACUCUGAGAGGCUUUCUGUUAUAGGUCAUCCCAUAGAAAUAGAAUGACUAGAAUGGGAGACUCAUCAUCUGUAGAUCCGUCAGUCCAGGGGCGGACUGACAUUUCGGCCAAUUACCAGAUGGGCUGGUCUUAAUUAGCAUUUUGCACAACAACAACAAAAAGUAUCUAGCUAGUAAUGGGGGCGUCAAGGAAAAAAAAUGGGCCAGUGUGUUAGAAAUGCCAGAGCUGAUUUAUGGUCCCAGUCCGCCCCUGAGUCGGUCAUCAUAAUUUCCCCACUAUGCAUUAAAGAUGUGAUCCGCUCAUAAGUGCCCGUUGGGUUUAAAUCACUCUAGUAAUUGAAUUUCUAUGGGUCCUCCUAUUUUCCCAGAACAAGCCUCACCCAACCCCUAAUGUCCCUCCUCUCCUGUCAUUGGUCCAUGUCUUUGUGACCUGUGUGGGUAGCCAAUCACCUUGUAGGGCCAGGUUUUUUUUGGUGUUACUGAGUUUUAUGUGCCAGUAAGAUUCCAUGCUGAUAUCUAGAUGAACAGGCAUGUUUGUUGUUUGUUUUCCUUGAGUGUGUGUGUGUGUGUGAGAGAGAACAUGUCCAUCUAAUUUCAGUUGCGGUACAGGGGAUCAAUCAUUUUACAGAGAACCUAGUUUACCGUUGACCCUAAAGCUUUGGUUACGUCCCAAUCCUCCACCCCCCCCCCCCCCCCCAAGUGUGCACUUGCCUUGCACACUUCCAGUCAUGGAUUUCACAAUGGUUAGAACUCCCUCCAGCCAAUGACAACACCGUUCCAAUGCUUUUAAAACCAUUACAAAAAGUGUGUGAGUCCAGUGGAGAAUUGGGAUACAGUCUGUGAUUGUAUGGUUGUGAUUGUAACUAAGGGAGAAGCACUGUGAUCGUUCUUCACCAUGUUGCCAUGGCAGCCAGUGAUUUUAAUGUUGGUUUUUUUUACACAAUAAAAGACAGAACAUUUGAUUUAAGCAAUGGUGUAGUUGUGCUUUUAUUGUAUAGGACCAGACCUUGGGGCCGUAUCCACAAAGCACCUCAGAGUAGUAGUUCUGAUCUAGGAUCAGGUCCCAACCUGUCCAUUUAAUCUUAUUCAUUAAGAUCUAAAAGGCAAAACUGAUCCUAGAUCAGAACUCCUACUCUGAGAUGCUUAGUGUUUACUGUCCCAGGAUUAAUGGUACUGAUUGCAAUGGACAGCUGUUGCCCUCUAGUGGCCUACCGACAUCAUGACAAACAUACAGACCGCUGUAUACCCUAUGAAAGUUGCACGUCAUUUUCCAGGAAGUAGCCUUGUAGUUCUUUCUACUUUUGUAGGCUUUUUAAAUGGUAUUCAGCGCAAAUACCUCAUAAAAGACAUCUAGCAGAAGUAAAUUCAUCGACAAAAUAUAAUCGUAUAUAUUUAAUUUGAUAAUAUAAUCGUCAAGCCCAUCCAAGAGAUUAGGGGACAUGACCCUGAAGUCAGACGUAGGAUGAUGUCACUUUAAUAAAGUAUUAACAAGAAGGCAUCAUCAUCAGCAGUAUACAUUGUUAGGCGUGUCUGUCAGCUACUAGGGACACGAUUCAAUCCAAGGAGUGUUAUAGAGCAGUGCACUGGACAGCUAACAGUGUGGCUUUUUAAAGGUAAUUUACUCAUUCAUUGAGUGAGAGAGGGGAGAUUGAUUGAUUUAGAUUUGAUUAGGAUCUCCUUUAGCCCAAGGGAAGUGGGAGGAGUCAUGUAAAUGGGGAGGGGUCAGGGAAGUGGGAGGAGUCUGGAAGUGAUAAUGAGAGACAAAGAGGGGGAGAGAGGUAGGGGAGCAGUGAAAUAAAAUAAAAGAGAGAGAUAGAGGGAGAAGAAAAAGUCAUUUUGUUUAGUCAGUUAGUUCUUACUGGCAUCUGUUACUAAACCAAAACAAGCAGCAGGUAGGCAUCCCACAAUCCUUCAGGAUAAUACAGGAAAAGGAAGUGAGUCUUUGACAUCCACUAAGUCACAAGGUGUGUGUGUGUCCGCAUGCAUGUGUCAACCUGCAGCUUGUCUUGAGGGGCAACCAGAGACACAUUAGCAGAAACAUAAACAGUAUCUCACACAUCUAACAACACACACACACACACACACACACAUCAACUGCACACACACAUCUAACUGCACAACACUCUGAAAACACAACAAGCCAAGCUAGCUCCACAUCGCCCCGUGUGGCCAGGAGUGGCAUGGCAGCAGGUAUUACAGGCUCCACACUCUCUGGGGGGGAAGUUUCUCAUUGGUACAGAUCUAGGAUAAUAAUAAUAAUAAUAUGCCAUUUAGCAGACGCUUUUAUCCAAAGCGACUUACAGUCAUGCGUGCAUACAUUUUUGUGUAUGGGUGGUCCCGGGGAUCGAACCCACUACCUUGGCGUUACAAGCGCCGUGCUCUACCAGCUGAGCUACAUCAGCUUCCCCUCCCCUAAUUCUAACCUAAUUGUUAACCAUUAGUGGGGAAAAUGCUAAACUGACCCCAGAUCAGUGUCUACACUCUAAAAAUGAGGGGUUCAACAAGGGUUAUUCUAAGAUCCUCAAAGUUCUUCAAAGAACCUUAGGGUUCUUGGCACUGAAAAUGGCCCCCAAAAGGUUCUUCCAAGAACUCCAUAGAUGGUGGGGUUCAUCGAGGAACUUCCUUAGUUGGUUGGGGUUCUUGCAGGAACCUAACUGCCCAACAGAUUGAAAGGACAGCAGGUGCAAACAUUUAAGGUAAGGGUUGUCCCUUGUAUGAUCUAAAUUGAUAUUGUUUUAUGAUGAUACCAUUUAUCUUUUCAUAUUUGUGUAAAUCUUUCUAAAACAGAAAAUGAACAUAAUUCAAUGGAUAUCAAUCAACAAAGAGGUAAGAAUAUGUAGGCUAUAAGAAUAUGUUGAAGGCUGCUGUAUUGGCUGCAGAUGACUGAACUGCUCACUUUCGUGUCUGUGUCUGCAGGUAUACAGACAAGGAGGCAUACAAAGGUAUGUGAAUUGGUAUUGGCAUGUUAUGCAGAUCACAUUAACCAUCCUCCUCCCUUACCUCUUCAAUGAAUAUCCCAUAGGACUCUACAUUAUGGACAAGGUAUGUGUUUGAAAACCAUUAUCAAAACAGUUUUCUUUCAUUCACAUUCACCACAAAAACCAAGGUAUGAAUACUGUCAUGUGCAUGUUUUGUUAAUCAUCUGUAUAAUUACUAUUUUGGGGAUUUACAGACUUCACCCUCCCUACAGCUCUGAUGAAUAUAACAGGAAACCUGUUCAAUCACCAUGCACUGCAAAAUCAUUCUGGCUAUGGAUACGGAGAACAUCAACACAUUAACCUAAAAAUCCCAGAGGAUAUACCCAUUGGACUUGGGGCUCUGCUGUUAGUUUACCCCAUUUUUUGGAUUUUUUUAUUCUGUUUUGCAACUCAAAUCAUAAUAAACACAGAACUAAAAUAUUGUUAUUGUAAUGUGUAUUAUUAAUAAUAAUAAUAAUAGGUGAGGGGGGUAGUUCAAAAAUUAACCUCAAAAGGUUCUUCAAAAGGUUAUUUGAGGAUCCAUUAAAAGGGAUUCUUUAAGAAUGUGGUCCUCUGUAGCUCAGCUGGUAGAGCACGGCGCUUGUAACGCCAAGGUAGUGGGUUCGAUCCCCGGGACCACCCAUACACACAAAAAAAAAUGUAUGCACGCACGACUGUAAGUCGCUUUGGAUAAAAGCGUCUGCUAAAUGGCAUAUUAUAUAUUAUAUUAUAUAAGAACCCUUUUAAAGUUGUUUUUGUUCAAAUAACUGUAGGGGAACCCCUAGAAGUUUCAAUUCGAAGAACCCCUAAAGGACACUCCAGGAACCUUUUAUUUUUAGAGUGUAGGGGAAACUUCACCUACACGGUGCUGUACCAUGCAGUGCACCCCCUUAUUGGUGCACUACCCCGGGGCCGGGUUGAGCAUGGUAUCAUUAAAGGCUAGCUCCAUAGCGCCUCCAUGUGGCCUGGAUUAGCAUGACAGUGCAUUACAGGCUCCAUGCAGUUCAAUACCUUAUUCGUGCACUGGCGCGCGGUGUUGAGGAGCUAACGUCUUCCUAGUUAUUCUGGUGGAAAUCAAAAGCCAAUGAAGUGUUACAUUCCAAAUAAAGAUUUGAUUUUAGUUUGAUAGGGAAUUUAAGACGGGCAAUUGGGAUACUGUACUAUCAAUUGAACAUAUUAAUUCAUAUUGUAAUGAAAUGAUGAUCUCUAGAGGACGUUGUGAAUAAGGAUCUGAAAGGUGGAACCGUGUGUGUAUAUGUUUGUGCGUGUAUCUGUCAAAUCUAAUCUAAUUUUAUUUGUCACAUGUUCGUAAAAACAACAGGUGUAGACUAACUGUGAAAUGCUUACAUCGGAGCCCAUUCCCAGAGUUAAAAAGUAAGAGAAGUAUUUGCUCAAUCUGGCCACGCGUUACGAGGCUCUAACGCUCUAUACCCAAAUGGAUAAACUUUGAGAUUGCUUUUCUCUGAAACUCGUGGAACACAAUAGUCCAACGUUUUCAGAAUACAAGCACUGCACUUCAGGCAGCCCAACUGGACCUGUCUAACGCUGUUCGUUUGGUGGCCUAUUUGAGAGAUGUUGUACUUAAUGAGUAUAUACUACAUACUAUAUACAGUGAGUGAAAAAAGUAUUUGAUCCCCUGCUGAUUUUGUACGUUUGCCCACUGACAAAGACAAUCAAUUUAUAACAUUUUUGACAUGCGUUUUUCUGGAUUUUGUUGUUGUUAUUCUGUCUCUCACUGUUCAAAUAAACCUACCAUUAAAAUUAUAGACUGAUUAUUUCUUUGUCAGUGGGCAAACGUACAAAAUCAGCAGGGGAUCAAAUACUUUUUUCCCUCACUGUACUACUAGUUGAUUUUAGUAUACUGUAAACGAACGGUAUCCUUUCAUUUGAGCGUACUAGCGCUAUGCCUUUAGGCUGUGGCUAUGCAACCUCUUGCUAGCUUGUUAGCAUAAUAAAUUACUAGCUAGACAUUAAACGCUUUACAACCCUGACACGCAACAAAAGAGAAGACGAAAAAAAACAUGCUGAUGAGUGGUCAGAGACAGAGCCUGACUGUCGUUUAUCAAUGACAGGUCAGCAGAAAUUUGCCGUCGGUGUGUUCACUGUUGUGAUUGACACACUUAUUGCUGAGUUUGAUAGGAGGUAUGAGUCAUACAAAGAGCUAAAUAACUACUUUGGAUGUUUUAAACAAUAUGCCUUCACUUUCCUCACAAGACCUACAUUCAUCUUCACACAACCUUCAGAGGAAAAAUCUAUCAAACUUGCAACAUGAUUUUCCAGAUGAAAUCGUCUAGUUUAAAGAACAUAAAAAGUGAGAAAAACACUUCUGCCAGGGCAUUGCUUCACAUGUUGAGCCAGAGGAAUCUACUGCAGUGUUUCCCAAUGUUGACAUUGCCUUGCGAAUAUUCUUGACUUUACCUGUUACCAGUGCAUCGGGAGCGGUCCUUUUCAAAGCUGACUCUUGUCAAAAACAGAGUGACAGGAAAGACUGAACUAUUUGACUCUUAUGGCUCUUGAGAAUGAUGUACUCAAGACACUUGAUUUCAAGGACAUGGUUGCAGAUUUUGCUGCUCGGGAAACGAGGAAGAAAUCAUUUAAAGGUAAGCCAUGAUGACAAUUUUUGUAAUAAAUUAAUGCACUGCAUAAGGCCUAACGCUGGUCCGCUGGAGACGGCUGGAGAGGCUCUGUCCAGCCAGCUGAUGGUGCUGAAAUGGUGGCCCGCGCUCUUGUUUUGUUUGAGAUGGCUGUGCGGAUGGAAACUGUCCGUGGUCCUCCUGGAUCAAUAGCGUUACCAUGCUGUGUAGCCUAGGUCAUGCAACUGUCUGUUAUAUACAGUAUAUUAUACAGUAUGCUCUGUGGACUUUACCUGAUAAAUGUUGCGCUCCGGUUUUAACUGUGAUGAUUAAGAAACACAAACAUAAAAAUGUUCUGCUUUACUCUGCUGUAUUGCUGUAUAGGCACCUAUUUUCCUUAAUAAUAAUUGAAGCACACACACACAGCGUGUCUAACUGUCCGUCUGUCCCUCCUCUCAGGUCUAUACCGUCUGCAGACUAUUCGAUGACAAGAGGCGGGUCUGUACAUAAAGACACGCCUACUCAGCCUCCUCACAGCCAAUCAGGGAGCAGGGUUAUGAGAGAAUAAAUAAAAAGUGGGCCUGUUAGAAAUGCCAGAGCCGAAUUAUGGUCCCCAAUCCUUUACCCUUUUCCCCAAGUGUGCACUUGCCUUGCACACUUCCCAUCAUGGAUUUACCAAUGGGGGAAACUCCCUCCAGAGUUUCCACCAUUGGGUGGAGAAUUGGGAUGCAGUCUGUGAUUGUAAGGUUGUGAUUGUAACUAAGAAGGGAGAAGUACUUUGAUCGUUCUUCAUCAUGUUGCCAUGGCAGCUAGGGAUUUUAAUACCUGUGUUUUGUUUACACAUUUGAUUUGAGGAAUGGUGUAGUUGUGCUUUUAUUGUAUAGGACCAAGAACUGGGGCCUUAUCCACAAAACACGUCAAUGUAGUAGUGCUGAUCCAGGAUCAGGUCCAUUUAAUCUUCUUCAUUAUGAUCUAAAAAGUUUAACUGAUUCUAGAUCAGAACUCCUACUCUGAGACAGUUUGUGGCUAGGGUCCAGGAUUAAUAAGGUACUGAUUGGACAGCUGUUUCCCACUAGCGACAAACACACAGACUGCUGUAUACCCUAUGAAAGUUACACACUUUUCAGGAAGUGGCAAAAACGUACAGCAAUGGUCUUCAAAAACUUAAUGAAAGGCAUCUGGCAGAUGUAAAUUCGACAAAAACAGAUAUAAUAUUUUAUCACAGAGACCGCUGCAUAUGGUGCCUUCAAGUUAACUGGGAACUCUGAAUUUUUUUUGGUAAAAUCAUGAUGUCAGUGAUCUUCAGGUGGUAAAGUCAGAGAUUUAGAAAGAUGCCUGAGUUUCCGACUUGGAAUUCCGAGUUGGAUGACCAUUCAACAAUAAUUUACCCAGUCGGAGCUCGUUUUAUUUCGAGUUCCUGGUUGUUUUGAACGUGGCAUUACCCUAAGAAAGUGACAUGUAAUUUUCAAUGAAGUGGCCUUGUAUUUUUUUAAACUUUUGUAGGCUUUUUGAAUGGUCUCCAAUGGGCAAAAACGUAAUGCAAUGGUAUUCAGGCAAAACCUCAUGAAAGGCAUCUGGCAUAAGUACAUUAAUCGACAAACACAAAUAUAAUUAGAUAUUUAUCUUAAAUAACCACGUUUUCACGAAUUGGAUGAUAUAAUCUUCAAGCCCAUUCAAAAGAUUAGGGGACAUGACCCUGAAGUUAGACGUAGGAUGAUGUCACUUUAACCGGCUAUCAUCAUCAUUAGUAUACAUUGUUAGGUGUGUCUGUCAGCUGCUCCAUACUAGGGACACGAUUCAAUCCAAGGAGUGUUAUAGAGCAGUGCCUUUUAAAGGUAAUUUACAGAGAAUGCAUUCAUUGAGAGUGACAGAGUGAGAGAGAGAGAGAGAGGAGGGGAAGAGAUGAGGGGAGAGGGAGAGAUGAGGGUAGAAAGAGAGAGAGAGCGAGAGAGAGAGAAGAGAGGGGGUGGAGAGAUGGGGGAUAGGGGGAGAGAGAGAUGAUGUAGAGAAAGAGGAGAGGAGGGGAAGAUGAGGGGAAGAGAGGGAGUGAGGGGAGAGGCGGGGGAGAGAGAAGUGAGGAGUGAGAGAAGAGAGAGAGAGAGAGGAGGACGAGAGAGGGGGGAGGGAGAGAGAGAGGGGAGGGGAAGAGAUGAGGGGAGAGAGAGGAGAGAGAGAGAGAGAGGGAGAGAGAAGAGAGAGGGGGAGAGAGGGGGGGGGGGGGGGGGGGGGGGGGGGGGGGUGAUGAUGAACAGCAACAAAAAGAGCAGCCACCACACCUCAGUGCCUUUAUACCACUUAUCUGUUUAUUAUUCCAUCACUCCAUCUUUAUACACCUUCUUCCCUCUACUGUUCCAUUCUACCCAUCCCUCGUUCACCCAGUGGUUCUUCCCUCUACUGUUCCAUUCUACCCAUCCCUCGUUCACCCAGUGGUUCAUUCCUUUAUUAUUCCAUCACUCCAUCUUUAUACACCUUCUUCCCUCUACUGUUCCAUUCUACCCCUCCCUCGUUCACCCAGUGGUUCAUUCCUUUGUUCAUUAAUCUGUUCAUUCAAUAGGAAAGCCACAGGUAAGAAUACAAAGAGUCUGAAAUGGCACCCUAUUCCCUAUGUGGUGCACUACUUUUGAACCCCUCUGUCUGGUUUCUGAUUGGUCCAUUCAGGAAGCAGGUCCAUUUUUAUUGGUCCAUUCAGGAAGCAUGUCCAUUUUGAUUGGUCUAUUCAGGAAGCAGCGGUCAGAGGCCAGAUUGACAGCAAGCUACCAUUUACAAUACACUUGGCUAAAAGACGGGAUUUAAUUAAAGAAGCAUUGGUGAUAAGCGAACAACAUUUAUAUUACAUUUACAUUUUAGUCAUUUAGCAGACGCUCUUAUAGUUAGUGAGUGCAUACAUUUUUUUAAAAUAAUAUUUUUUAUUUUUUUUGUUCAUUUCAUACUGGCCCCCCACGGGAAUCGAACCCACAACCCUGGCGUUGCAAACGCCAUGCUCUACCAACAUCCCUGCCUGCCAUUCCCUCCCCUACCCUGGGCCAAUUGUGCACCGCCCCAUGGGUCUCCCGGUCACGGCCGGCUACGACAGAGCCUGGAUUCGAACCAGGAUCUCUAGUGGCACAGCUAGCACUGUGUUGACAUUUUAACUGUCAACACUCAACAAUGAUCCUUGUAAAUUACCUAAUAAAACUCAAGUGCAGUGAGCUUAUCGACAACGCAUCUUUGAUUGAAUCCCGGCCCUUGUCUAACUAUCUACUACUAAUUUGGUCCUUUGAACAUCGAUAACUGAUGAGAAACUAGCUAACUAUAUUGACUACAGGGUUGGUGUCAAUUCCAUUUAAAUUCCAGCCAAUUCAGAGAGUAAACCAAAUUCAAAUUCCAAAUGUUCUCAUUAAAGAGCAUUGAAGAGAAUUGGUACUUCCUGAAUUGACUGAAAUUGAAAUGGAAUGGAGCCCAACCCUGACUGGUUACCACUGUUCUUUGAGUGAACUGUGAGGGCAGUUGAAGCUAACUAGUUUCCAUUGAAAUCAAUUCAUUUUAACAAAUGUUUAUCAAAAUUGAUUUUAAUAUAUAAUAUUCCUGCAUAUUGAGGUGCAUAGUGAAGAUUAUACCUAAAAAUACAAAUGUACAUAUGAUCCAGUCAGAAGCAUAGAAACAUUUAAAACAGCAUAAAGAAAUAAGUAUUUUGUUAUUAAUUAUAGAGUGUAUUUUUUAUUUAAAAAAUUGGAAUGUCUCCAUGUAAAGAAGUCAUACAAGAAUCAACAAGUUCUAGGUAUUCACAACAAUCAUUAAACAUUUUUAAACCUGUUUGAUUUGAAAUGAUAUCAUAUCCCCUGGUUUGAACUAAGUUCAUUGAAGUAAGUUAGAGUGAAACAAAGAAAUGUAGGUUUCAUUCUCUCUCUCUCAAAUUUAUUGUUGUUGCAGGUAAUAAACAUUGUUACAAAGCUAAAAAACAAUGUAAUCAAAAGUACAUAGUGUUGCUUAAAAAUGUAGCUCUCUCUCUCCUUUCAAUCACUUAAAAAAAUUGCAGGUAUUAAACAUUGUUACAAAGUUAAAAAACUACGUAAUCAAAAGUACAUAGUGUUGCUUAAAAUGUAGCUCUCUCUCUCUUUCAACCCAAAAAAAAUUCCUGAAACCUUUUUCGCUCCAUUCGUCUAUUUGUUAAGAUUGUCUUCUCUCUCUUUCCCCUUAAAAAAUUUUCGGUUUUUAAACUUGUUCCCUAAAAAAACUAUAAAAAAAUAAAUAGGUUCAAAAAAAAGUGUCUCUCUCCUCUCUCCUCUCUCUUCCUCUCUCUUUCUCCUGCUCCCUCUUUCCUCUUCCUCAUCUCCCUCUCUUUAAAAUUUUAAUUAAAACUUGUUACAAAGCUAAAAAACAAAAUAAUCAAAAGUACAUAGUGUUGCUUAAAUGAACAAACGUAAAUAAUAACAAUCUGAUAACAAUAAUAUGACAAUAUUAAGAGGAAAAAAUGAAAAACAUAAUUGCCCCUUAAAUAAAAGGAAGUAAUUAAAACUUUUUUAAAAAUGUUAAAAAAAAACCAACUUUACAAUUUUUUGUUGUAGUCAAAAACAUUGGGGUGGGAAUUGUUUUUAAGGGUCUCUUUCUCUUUCUUCUCUCUUCUGUGUGGGGGGGGUGUGUUAUUUGGGGGUUUUUUUUUUUGUUUCUUUUUUGGUUUUUUUUCUUUUUUUUUUUUUUUGUUUUUUUUUUUUAAUCAGCAGGAAGGGCUUGAAGGGGGGAGAGGUGGGAACGGCCUGGGCGCUGGGGGGGUUCUUUGUAGAGGAGGACAAGGGGGGAGGGGGGGGGGGAAAAAGGAUGGAGAGAAGGGGGGGGGAAUUUGGGGGAGGGAGGUUUUUGGGGGGGGGGGGGGGGUUUUUUUUUUUUUUGGGGUUUUUUUUUUGGGUUUUGGGGGGUGGGGGGGGUAGGGGGGGGGGGUGGGGGGGGGGGGGGGGGGGGGGGAAGGGGGGGGGGGGGGGGGGGAAAAAACCCCCCCCCAAAAGAAAACCCCCCCCCCCCCCCCCCCCCCCCAACCCCAACCAAAAAAAACCCCCCCCCGCACAAAAACCCCAAACCCCCCCCAAACCCCCAAAAAAACCCCCCCAACCCCCCCAAGCACCAAAACCCCCGCCCAACCCCCCCCCAAAACCCAAACCCCCCCCCAACCCCAAACCCCCAAAACCCCCCCUCAAAACCCCCCCCCAAAACCCCCAAACCCCUCCCCCCCCAAACCCCAAACACCCAAAAACCCCCCCCCCACCCCCAAUACACCCCAAACCCCCUCCACAACCCACAAUACACCAAACCCCCUCCACAACACAUAAUGACACCCAAAAACCCCCUCCACAACCCACAAUACACCAAACCCCCUCCACAACCACUACCACCAAACCCCCCACCACCAAACCCCCCUCCACAACCACCACCAGCACCACCACUACCACCACCCAAACCACAACAUCUAAAUGUACAGCAUUCCCUUACCAAACACUGUGAUCCAUUGUGACCCAAUAGACCGUUCUAGUAGUUCUACCCUCCAUACCCCCAGAGGUAGGCGAGGCGUGCACACCGCCCUGCCCAGGAGCAGAGCUCUUACCUGGGUAUGCCGGGGGGCAGUACUGGGGGUACCCUGGCUGGGCGAGACGGGAUCAGGGGGACAUUGGCAACAGGGUCCGCUCCACUGUAGGUGUUGACUGGUGGGGGUCCGGGUCGAGAGGGGAUGAGGGGCGCCCCGAAAGCUGGGUUUUGGGUACUGGAGGGAGGUGGGGCGGGGGUGGGGCCUCUUACUGCCGGGGGGCGACUAGGAGGGGGGGCAGCGGCCGGAGCUGGUCUGGCCUGAGGAGGGGGGCUGGGGGGGGGGGGGGGGGGGGGGUGGAGAGAGGGAGAGGGAGAGAGAUAGAGAGAGGGGAAUAGAGGGGGAGAGAGGGGGGAGAUGGAGAGAUAGGUGGAGAUGGAGAGAUAGGGGGAUAGAGGAAGAGAUGGGGGAUAGAGGAAGAGAUAGGGGGAUAGAGGGAGAGAUGGGGGGAUAGAGGGAAAUAGAUAGAGAGAGAUAGUGGAAGAAAAGGGAAAUAAAUAUAUGUAUAUUCCCAGUUUCACGUCCAAAUGUACAUUGACAUAGUGAGAGCCUUGUGUGUAUGUCUCUCUGUUACCUGGGUUCCUUGGUCCUCCAGGUGUCGUCUACAGGUGGAGGUACAGGAGCCGACACUGUGGUAGUACUGAUAUCCCCUAUGAUCACCAGGGCUUCUUUCAGAGCAUGAUACAUCCUCAACAUCUCAUCUCUCCUCUGAGCCUGGUCAGCUGACUCCUCCAUCAUACUGCCCUGGUCCCCACAGGAAUACAGGUAGGCUAACAACUCAGAAUGGAUGAAGUCUUUAGCCUAGAGAAGGACAGGGGGAGAGGGGGAGGGAGAGAGGAGGAGAGAAGAGAGUUAGUACAUCAAGUCUGGUGUGUGUGUGUGUGUUCACAUAGUCUGGUGUGUAUAUGUGUGUUCACAUAGUCUGGUGUGUAUAUGUGUGUUCACAUAGUCUGGUGUGUAUAUGUGUGUUCACAUAGUCUGGUGUGUAUGUGUGUGUUCACAUAGUCUGGUGUGUAUAUGUGUGUUCACAUGGUCUGGUGUGUGUGUUCACAUAGUCUGGUGUGUAUAUGUGUGUUCACAUAGUCUGGUGUGUAUGUGUGUGUGUGUUCACAUAGUCUGGUGUGUAUAUGCGUGUUCACAUAGUCUGGUGUGUAUGUGUGUGUGUGUUCACAUGGUCUGGUGUGUGUGUUCACAUAGUCUGGUGUGUGUGUGUGUGUGUUCACAAUUCCACGUUGUCUCCGUGCUGUUUGUUGCUACUUGGCUACCUGCCAAACUGUUUUCGCUUUUUACUUUUAAUAACCGUUUAAUCAAACUCUGUAUUUAAGUUUACAAACGUCCUCACUCUACUUUUUUCAUUCACCUUUAUCACCCCGUCCCUUUAUCUGGACAUGGUUCUACAGAAACUCCACCAGCCGGAAAAGCUAAGUAACAUUAACACUAUGCCAUCUCAUUGCAGUCGCUGUACUCAUCAUUUAGAGGAGAACUAUCGCUUCAGAUGCAGUCAUAAGCAAUGUAAAUGUAUGAAAGGAUGAAACAGCAUCUGUGCCACCAGUAAGUACAGGUAGUAGUGUUGAUCCCCAUGCACAGUCCCCGCAGCCAGAUCAUUUUCUCACGGCUUCUGGAAAGAAAUGCUGUCGGCAUGCUCAACCGGUGUCGCUCAUUCAGCCGAUAGAAACGUUCAACCUGUUUUCCCCACUAAGCAACGAGUCGGGAGUCAGAGCCUUCCCAGGUCUCUCCUCCACCCGUUACGGGGUUUGACCCACCGAAGCCUCCUACCAUUAACUCGGACUAAUUGAAAACCCUAGUCAUCCAGCGAUCAUACACUGUUUACCAGGGAGCAGGGCUACCGCGGAAAGGCUAAUCUGAAGAUGGUGCUGGCUGAGGCUAAAACUGGCGAGUGUAGAUGGUAUAGGGAUAUUGUUAUCCACGUCGGCACCAUCAAUGUUAGGAUGAAACAGUCAGAGGUCACCAAGUGCAACAUAGCUUUAGCGUGUAACUUAGCUAGAAAGAUGUGUCGGCAUGGAGUAAUUGUUCUCCUAUAGAGAUCAUUUUUUAUGGAAUGGUCUGCCGAUCCAUGUGAGAGACGUAGACUCGGUCUCGACCUUUAAAUCUUUACUGAAGACUCAUCUCUUCAGUAGGUCCCAUGAUUGAGUGUAGUCUGGCCCAGGGUUGCGAAGGUGAACGGCAAGGCACUGGAGUGACGAACCACCCUGUCUCUGCCUUGCCGGCUCCCCUCUCUACUGGGAUUCUCUGCCGGGGGCUGAGUCACUGGCUUGCUAGUGCUCUCCCAUGCCGUCCCUACAAGGGGUGCAUCACGUUGUGCAAGGCUUUUUUCGCUACACUCAACUUGUGUGGGUUGAGUCACUGACUUGAUCUUCCUGUCCGGUUUGUCGCCCCCUCGGGCUCGUGCGGUGGGGGAGAUCUUCGUGGGCUAUACUCCACCUUGUCUCGGGGUAGUAAGUUGGUGGUCUGUUGAUAUCCCUCUGGUGGUGUGGGGGCUGUGCUUUGGCAAAGUGGGUGGGGUUAUAUCCUGCCUGGUUGGCCCUGUCCGGGGGUAUCGUCGGACGGGGCCACAGUGCCCCUUGACCACCCCCCUUGUAUCAGUCUCCAGUAUCUAUGCUGCCAUAGUCUAUGUGCCGGGGGGCUAAGGUAAGUCUGUCCUACCUGGUGUAAUUCUCCUGUCUUUUCUGGUGUCCUGUGUGAACUUAAGUAUGCUCCCUCUAAUUCGCCUAUCUCUCUUUCGCUCUCUCUCUCUCCCGGAGGACCUGAGACCAUGUUUCUGAUGUUCUGCCUGCAGCUUUGGAACCCUGACCUGUUCACCAGACGUGCUACCUUGGCCCGGACCUGCUGUUUCGUUUCGUCUCUCUCUCUCUCUCUCUCUCUGACCUGUUGCACCCUCUAUAACCACUGUGAUUAUUAUUUGACCCUGCUGGUCAUCUCUGAACGUUUGAACAUCUUGAAGAACAAUCUGGCCUUAAUGGCCAUGAACUCUUAUAAUCUCCAUCUGGCACAGCCAGAAGAGGACUGGCCACCCCUCAGAGCCUGGUUCCUCUCUAGGUUUCUUCCUAGGUUCCUGCCUUUCUAGGGAGUUUUUACUAGCCACCGUGCUUCUACAUCUGCAUUGCUUGCUCUUUGGGGGGUUUAGGCUGGGUUUCUGUAAAAAGGGCUUAAUAAAUACAUUUGAUUGAUUGGUGUGUGUGUGUGUGUAUGCAUGUGUGCUCUGGUGUGCUUCAGGAGGCGUAUGUGUGUGUGUGUGGUGUGUGUGGUGUGUGUGUGUGUGUGUGCGUGCGUGAGGUGUCCACUCACGCUGUUGAUCAUGAGGUGCAUGAUGGUCUUUGGCAUUAGAUCCCUGAUAGACUUGUUGACGAUGCCGAUGUAGGAAUCCACUAGAUUCCUUAUGGUCUCAACCUGUCUCUCCAGCUGUGGGUCCAUAGAGAAGGAUUCUGCUGGUCCUGUGUCCUCACUGUCAAUCUGGGAGAUAGGGAGUGGGAGGGAGGGAGAGGCAGAGGAGCGAGAGGAAGAGAGAGAGAGAGGGGGGGCGAGAGAGAGAGGAGGGGAGGAGAGAGAGAGAGAGAGGAGGGGGGAGAAGAGAGAGAGGGGGGGGAGAGAGAGAGGGGCGGAGGGGAGUAGAGAGUAUUGCCACCAUGGAGGCGAGAGAGAGAGAGAGAGAGAGAGGAGAGAACAGAGAGAAGAGAGAGAGAGGAGAGAGAGAGGAGAGAGCACCGGAGAGAAGAGAGAGGAGAGAAGAGAGAGGAGAGAGAGAGAGAGAUGA